AUGUUUAAUUCUUUGACAAAGCAACGCGUUACUGCCAUUGCAACUUUAAUCUUUAACCAAAAUAAUAAACGAUGGCUCGUAUACUCAAACGUUAAUGAUGAUACUAAAGAUAACAAACCAACAGAAUUAAAAGUUAAAAAAAAAGUCAACAAACCGCAAAAGCCAGUACCAUAUUUGUUAUUAAAAGAUACCCACUCUAUAGAUGAUGAUACUCUUAAAAGUAUUAUGACAAACCGAUCCUUUCCGCGAAUCAAGAAUGACCUCUUUACAUUGGUUGUGCGUCCGUGGCGUGAAAAAGACUUUUACUAUACGAAAAAAACAAAGGAACCUAUCACAACUUAUCGACUUCAAACUGUGGUGUCUAAAAAGAUAGUUAGUAAACUUGCUACAGUAAGAAAUCGAAUCAAACGACGUAUUCGUGAAGCAGCAAGAUAUUCAUUACCGGUUGUUGGAAGAGCUCGUCAUGACUAUCUUUUUUUAGCCAGUUUGAAUGUUUAUAAUGCUCCCUGGAAAGAACUUUGUAUAGCAGUUGAAAAUGCAACAGGGAAUCCAAAGUUAUAUAAAACAUGGAACUACAUUG